AUGCCCGCCCGGCCCGCUGCUCACAGCGCCGCCGCCGCCGCCAGCCGCGCCGAGGCGCCCAGCGCCGCCAUGGGGGAAGGGGCAGGGACGGGAAGCGGAGGGAGGGGAGCGGGGGGCCGCCCGCCUCCCCGGCCCUGCCCCUCGGCACAGGCGCCGUGUGCGGCCCCGCCGCGCUGCCCCUGGCCCCGCCCGGCCGUGCCGGAGCCGCCGCCGUGCGGCCCCCGCCGCAGCCCCCGGGACGCGGCCGUGGGGAGGGGGCACCGGGAGCCGCGGUGGGACCCCGGACGGGAGCCAGCUCCCGCAGCACCGCCCCGCAGCGGCACCGCUGCACGGCCCGCCCCGUCUCUGGAAGCGUUCCAGGCCAGGGGACAGGGACCCCGGGCCGGCAUCCCACACUGACACCUCAGAACUGAGACACCAGAAGCUCAGCC